UGUAUUUUAUACUUUCGUACUCUGCUUCUUUAGUUGCACUUACUUCAUUUUGCUCCAUUUUCUGUAUAUUCCACACAAGUAACCGGCGACGCUGCGGCACGACUUCCAAUUUCAUAAUUUAUCAACUGAUUUAUACCAUGAUCGAUUUUUACCUACCUUUUAACAUCUGUAGCAAACGGACCUACACAACUCUAUAGCAAACGAACUACAAAAUUGAACUACAUCAAACAGCUGGAACUACUAAUAUAUGAACACAAUAAACAGCUGAAACUAGGAAUAAAUGAAAACUACAAAGCUCGGGUCCCAGUCCGGACUCAGGCUUACCCGCCUUACCUGCGACGACUACUUGAUCUCGACUACCGCAUGUUGGCCACUUGUUUGCUUGCAUCAGCCCGUGUCGGCAGACAUGGCCCCUUUCCCCAUCAGUGGAUAAUUAGCCGGACAUUGUUUUCUUUCACCGAACAACACAAAGAAAGGACGUCACCGCCAACCGCCGUUGGAAACAACAUGGCAGACGCAAUAACUUUUCGGGCCUUUCCUUCACUGUCGGAGAUCAAUGAAGUGUCCUUAAAAGGGUUCUCAAAUUUGCUCUGCUUCUGCCUCCGCCUGUUGCUCGGGGCGAGACUGGGCGUUAUAGAACGGACUCACUCGUAUGAUGUGGGCGUGGUCUCGCCUGUGGGCGCUUCGUCUCCUGGUCGACUCUCGUUGUCCGCGACGCUGGGAGUCGUCGUCGUUCACUCUGGCUCGGAUCCCUCUCGCGUCGAUAAGAUUGGCGGUCCACAGUUGACGUCUUUGUGAGCCGGAAGAAACAGCCCGGCGUCCUCUGCGUGGCUCCUUGGCGGGCACAUUUAUUGUAUUGUUUUUCCAGACGUCUAAUAGCAGGUCUCGACAAA